GCGUGUGUUGCCAAGGCAACGCCACAGACAUAUGACAUCACUACGCAAACAAACAAAUUAUUGUGUGCAUCCCUACUAACGGAUCACAGAUCCUCAUCACUUCUCCAUAUAUUCACUCUUAUCAGACGCAGGCCAAUAUUUCGAUCUAUAGAGCUCAGGUCCGAAGCGAUAAUAUUCACGGCUAAACAGGCAGAGAGUGACCGAUACAGAUAGAAUUUCACGCAUCGCUCUGGUUUGCUCAAGAUAAUAUGGAAUUGCUUCUUUCUUCGGCUUUUGAUCAACUGUCUUCCUCUGAUCCGUCAUUAGUUCGACGGGGUCUUCGUCAUAUCGAAGGCUUGCUAGCACAAUUGUGCAGGCCGAUCAAUAGCUCAGGAGGCGAAGAUGAUAAUACACAACUGAAAGACAAGACCUCUGCGAUUGAUACGCGAGUAGCGGACGACCCGGCGUAUCGUGAAUUCCUGCGACUACAGGACGGAUUUGAAUGGAACGUCUGUCUACGUCUCUUGUCUUGUCUAGAGAAACUUCUGGGCCAGGAGAAUAACGAACUGUCGUCAAUCCUAAUAGUCUCAGCUCUUGAAAUUUUACAAGGUGUGCUGCUGAUCCAUCGACCAAGCCGACGAGUGUUUGUGCGCGAAGUUCACAUGACGAUUCUGAUCGAUCUACUCGAUUCUCAGCUACCCGCAUCAGUUCAGGGUGCUACCGUAAGCGCUCUGGUUUGUGCUCUUGUGGAGGAAUGGCAAAAUAUAAGGACUUUCGAAUCCUUGGAGGGUCUAGCUACAAUUUGCACACUUUUCAAGCGCAAAAGUACAGACAAAGAAGUGAAGCUGAAAAUCCUGGAGUUUCUCUUUUUCUAUCUGAUUCCUGAACCCCAAAACGCUACCCCAGUUCACAUCAAGGGCUCGGCAAAUUCAGUAUCUUCCUCAAUCACGAUCACACCCAGCAAUGUUGAUAAUGAUAGCGAGUCUGUUUUAUAUACGAAUCUGCAAGUUAGGACGACAGAAGAAAAACAGAAAAUGCUUAGCAAAUAUUUGAGUAACGUUGAUACUCUUGUUAAUGAGCUGAAACAGAGUCAGCCCUUUGGCAAUCUGAUGGUCUAAAUAUAGCGUCAAAUGGUUGGAUGAGUUUUUUUAUUCUCUUUUGCUUUAUGAUAAAGGGUGGAGGCAUAUAGGAGUUC